AGUUGUGGAGGUGUUCACACUCGGAAUCCUCGGGUCGGUCUGUCUGAGCUGGAGAGAGGUUCUUCCUUUUUACAGUCGAACUCGGCCACGGUGGCUUCCGUGUGCCGAGUAGUAGGAUCGUCGGGUGGGGGAUAUCCAAUCCCUACAAUAGAUAUCUAUCCAGCCGUUACGGCAAUACUGGUUGGGUGAAAAGUUCGGUUUUUUAAGAGACCCCCACUACUAGCACAGGAAACCAGGGUGUAGUCGGAUCGAUGUUUUUAAAAAUCCAAUCCGAUCCUAUCCGACUUGUCUCGGAUCCUUAAAAAAUCCAAUCCGACCUGGUCGGAUCCUAAAAUAAUCCGACCCAAUCCGAACAUGGCGGAUUCGGAUUGGAUUAAUCGGGUUACAUUCUAUAUCCUAAGUACUGCUCUCUAUAAUGUAGUCGGAUCGAUGUUUUUAAAAAUCCAAUCUGAUCCGAUUCGACUUGGUCGGGUCAUAAAAAAUCCGAUCCGAUCCUACCCUGUCGGAUUCGGAUUGGAUUAAUCCGGUUAAGUCGGAUAUCCUUUUUAAUCUCUAAUGGAAUAUUAGACGCAAAUGGGCUUGCGUUUCUAAAAUUUGGCAGAAUUUUCCUCAGAAAGAGAGGAUUCAGUGUCAAGAAAGAUUCGCGCAACCCUUGCUCUACUUACCCUUCAUAAUUCUGCUCAUGAUCUUUGUAGUCUUAAUGAAGAGGUGGUUUCGGAAAAGCAUUCCUGCCGGAUGUCAAGCAGUCCCAACAGUUUCUGGAAAUUAUUUUUAUGUCGGUCAUGGACUAACAUUUAGCAAAGACAUCAUUGGAUUUGUGCGACAGUGUUAUGAAAAAUAUGGGAAGAUUUUCAAAAUUAAGAUAUUUCGAUUUUCCAUGGUCGUUAUUUGCGACAGGGGUUAUGCCUCAGAGUUUUAUAAGACACCGGAGAGCACAAUGUCCAUGUACGACAAUUUGGAGAGGCUUGGUUUCAUCGAUGCCUUCUUCCCAAACCGCGCAGACAUCAAAUACUUUACGAACAUUAUCAAAAAUUCACUAGGGAACAAAUUUGACACAUUUCUUCCAAAAAUACAUGAACAGGCUGCCCGAUUAAUUGUAUCGUUGCGAGGAAAGGUGUCGCUGGGGGAAAAACUUGACCUGGUGAAAGAGUUGGGCCACUUCAUGGCAGGAACGAGUGCUUGGUGUAUCGCUGGGAUUAAGAUUAAUCAAAAUCAUCUCGAUGAUUUACACGAUUUUAGCCAGAUCGUUAAUAAGAUAAUGCUUUCGUCAUAUUUUGUUCCGACAUGGCUUCUCUCACUGCGUAUGGAAGGACGCUAAAGAAACUUAAGGCUCAAGUGGGCAAAGUCGUUAUGCCAGAAAUUGCAAAAUAUAGAAAAGACGAAGGGUUGAACGAGUCCCCAUUUUUAAGGUACGCCAUCGACAUACGACGUGACGAUGGGUCAUCCAUGAGUGACGACGAUAUUCGAGAUCUCUUCGUCUGUUUGCUCUACACAAGUUCGGAAAACACGGCGUUAGCGUUAUCGAAUGCAAUUAUUGACCUCGCCCUCCAUCCCGAGUUGUAUGCGAGGGCACGGGACGAAAUUCGUGGAACUUUAAUUGCCGGGGAGUGGACUGAUCUUUUGAGAAACAAAUUAUUGACGAGUUGCAUUAUGGAAUCGAUUAGAAUCAAUCCACAAAUUUUUACGAUUGGAAGAACACCAAAAUCUCCAAUUGUGCUAGGAGACUACUAUGUUGAUAACGUGGAUUCGGUUAUUUUGUGCGGCUCUCUGAUGCAGGUUUAUGGCUCUGCUGGAGAAAUUUUUCAAAAUCCUGAGGUGUUCGACCCGCUGCGUUUUUUUGACAAGGAAAAGAAGGAGCCACAGGGUCCACCAGCAAUAAAUGCGUGGGGAAAUAUGGUCCACGGAUGUCCAGGCAAACUAUUUGCCUUGAACGAAAUUAAGACGGCAUGUAUAUUUUUUAUUAUGAAUUUCGACUUGAUCAUAGAAAAUCCAAAUGAAAUUAUUGUAGAUUACUUUGCUCCGAAAGCAUUUUCAGAGAAAAAGAUAACGUGUAAGCUUCGUUUGGUGGAGAAUUAGACGAAUACAUACAUUUUAGCAGUGAGGUAUAUUUUUGAUAAAUAUUAUUUACACAAUAAUAAGCCUUUUAAGUUACGUAAAUCGUUGAAUUGAAUUGAAUUGUGAGAUUGUGAGACGUCAUUAGGAUUUAUUUUUUUAGUAUUUUGCAUAAUGUAAUUGUUUCAA